AUGCAGGUCUCCUUCAUGUGCUCCGAGCACAGCCUCAAGGCCCGUGGCGCCGACGAGCGGCUGGGCCGGCCGACGGUCAGCAGCCCCAGCCUGGGCACCCGUGGCCGCUUCCGCGCGGUGGCCAUGGUAGCCCGGAGCUUGGGGCAGCUGUCGGUGCAGAGCGUGCCAGGCCCCGGCGACGCCGGAGGGAAACAGCCUGGCAUGAAGUACAGGAAUCUUGGCAAGUCUGGCCUGCGGGUCUCCUGCCUGGGCCUCGGAACAUGGGUCACCUUCGGAGGCCAGAUCACCGACGAGAUGGCAGAGCAGCUGAUGACCUUGGCCUACGACAAUGGCAUCAACCUCUUCGAUACGGCGGAGGUCUACGCUGCGGGCAAGGCUGAGUUGGUCUUGGGAAGCAUUAUUAAGAAGAAGGGCUGGAGACGAUCCAGCCUCGUCAUCACAACGAAACUCUUCUGGGGUGGAAAGGCAGAAACAGAGCGAGGCCUGUCCAGGAAGCACAUCAUUGAAGGUCUGAAGGCUUCCCUGGAGCGGCUACAGCUGGAAUAUGUGGACGUGGUAUUUGCCAACCGCCCGGACCCCAACACACCCAUGGAAGAGACUGUGCGCGCCAUGACCCACGUCAUCAACCAGGGGAUGGCCAUGUACUGGGGCACGUCACGCUGGAGCUCCAUGGAGAUCAUGGAAGCUUACUCCGUGGCCCGGCAGUUCAACCUGAUCCCACCCAUCUGCGAGCAGGCUGAGUACCACAUGUUCCAGCGUGAGAAGGUGGAGGUACAGCUGCCAGAGCUGUUCCACAAGAUAGGAGUUGGCGCCAUGACCUGGUCCCCUCUGGCCUGUGGCAUCGUUUCUGGAAAGUAUGACAGUGGCAUCCCACCCUACUCAAGGGCCUCCUUGAAGGGCUACCAGUGGCUGAAGGACAAGAUUCUGAGUGAGGAGGGCCGGCGCCAACAGGCCAAGCUGAAGGAGCUGCAGGCCAUUGCUGAGCGCCUGGGCUGCACCCUCCCCCAGCUGGCCAUAGCCUGGUGCCUCCGAAACGAAGGAGUCAGCUCUGUCCUCCUAGGGGCUUCCAGUGCAGACCAGCUCAUGGAGAACAUCGGAGCGAUACAGGUCCUCCCCAAAUUGUCAUCCUCCAUCAUCCACGAGAUUGAUAGUAUUUUAGGCAACAAACCCUACAGCAAAAAGGAUUACAGAUCCUAAGAAGCCCCACCUCGGCCGCUCGGACAGUUCCCUCUCCCGCCCAGUCUCUGUUCGCUCGCUUGCUUACGCUGUUCUGAAGCACAGUGAAGAGUGUGGUUUGCUUCCAAAAGACA